AUGGAUAUUAUAUGUUGGAAUUGUAGAGGCACUUGCAGUAAAAGCUUUCCUGGUCGCAUCAAAGAAAUUACUUAUGCUCAUAACACUCAAAUUCUUAUUCUAAUUGAAACUAGAGCUAGUGGUUCUAGAGCAGACAUGAUUGUUAAAAAACUAGGCUUCUCUGAUUGGAUCCGUGUUGAAGCUACCGGAUAUGCUAGAGGUACUUGGAUCCUUUGGAAUAAUAACACUAUUGAAAUUGAUUAUAUUUAUUCUAAUGUCCAAAUUCUUCAUUGUAAAGUUAAUGUUUUAUCCAAUAAUACCUCUUACCUUUUAUCUUGUGUUUAUGGAGAUCCUAACCCUUACGAACGUGUUGCUCUUUGGGACUCCAUUACAUUACUGGCUCAAGAUAUCUCUGAUUCUUGGCUUAUUGUAGGUGAUUUCAAUGCCUAUCUUUCCUAUAAAGAUAAAUGUCCAGGCAGUGGUCAUAAUCAGAGAGCUAUGAAACAAUUUAGAGACUAUAUCAAUUCUUCCAAUCUACUUGAGCUAAACUUUACUGGUGAUAAAUUCACUUGGGGUAAAGGAAAUGUGAAAGAAAGACUUGACUGGGCUUUCUGUAAUAUUGAAUGGCAUAUUAAAUUCAACCAAGCGAAUUCUUAUCAUCUACUCAAAUAUGACUCUGAUCAUCAGCCUAUUAGAAUCCAACUUCAGAAAGGAUUCAAUCCUUACCAUCACAAAGGACCUUUUCAGUGUCAUGCUGCUUGGAUGCUAGAAGAGUCCUUCCAUUCGAUUAUCAAGAAAUCCUAG